UUUAUACAUUUAGUAUUGUGGAUGGUAUUACAAUUUUUUGGAUUAUAUAAACGCAAACCUGUUUUCUCACUGUUAUAUGCACCGUUUUUGGUUAGGUUCUGCAGCUAUAUAUUUUAUUUUUAUUAUUAUUUUUUAAUUUUUGGCGCUAUUCAUAAUAUUUUGAAAAUAUAGUGAAUGCAGGGUCUAGGGAGACCAGAUAUAGUGAAUGCAGGGUCUGGGGAGACCAGAUAUAGUGAAUGCAGGGUCCUGGGAGACAAGAUAUAGUGAAUGCAGGGUUCCGGGGAGACCAGAUAUAUUGAAUGCAGGGUCUGGGGAGACCAGAUAUAGUGAAUGCAGGGUCCUGGGAGACCAGAUAUAGUGACUGCAGGGUCCGGGGAGACCGGAUAUAGUGACUGCAGGGUC